CCUGAGCCAGCAGCUAUGGCAGUUCAUACUGGGAAUACACAAGGCACAUAUUCUAAUUCCAACAGGGGAAGGUCGAAUUCUCAGUAUUCUUCAAGUAAAUCCAAUGUGCAGAGGUUGUGCACACACUGUGGAAGGCAGAAUCACACUGUUGAAACAUGCUUCCUUAAGCAUGGCUAUCCUUCCAACUUUCCAAAUGGUUAUAAGCCAAAGAAGGCUUACAUUACAACUUCAGGAGGUGAUUCACAUUCUUCUUCAGAUCAAGAUGAACCUCCUUCUUCAAGUCUUGAGCUGACAAGAGAACAACUUCAAGGUUUACUGGCAUUACUUCCUCAAUCUAAGCCCACUGCAGUUUCACAAGCCCCCAACCUUAAGCCUAUUGCUGCUUCCAACCUUGUCAGUAGUCACAAUGUUAUUGCUAAUAACAUAGAUAUGGUCAAUUCUCAAUGGAUCAUGGAUUCAGGACAAGACCACUUUGAAGAUGAUUGGGAGAGCUGAGAUCAAGGAUGGGCUAUACAUCAUGGAGCUUCCACCUAUUACUAGUUUCAAACCACUUCAUACUUUCCAUUCUGUAAACAUGAGUACUGUUUCUUCUUCUAAUAAGUUGCCAAAUAUAUGGCAUCAUAGGUUAGGACAUCCAUCUCAGCCUUGUUAUAUUUCUUUGCAACAAAUGUACCCUGCUAUUACUACUUCUCCAUGUAAGAAUUGUGAUACUUGUCAUUUUGCUAAACAAAAAAGAUUAUCUUUUUCUUUGAGCCAUACUAUUUCUGGAACUGUUUUGGAAUUGUUGCAUGUAGAUAUUUGGGGACCAUACAGUGUUGCAUCUAUUAC